UUAGUUGUUUGAGCUGGCGCGAACCGUUAGUCCCCCAGCCCAGAGUAGUAGCAUUAGUGGCAUUUAAGACAACAGAUAUCUAUAGGGUAUCUCGAACAGCAAAAGUUUAUAAGUGCAUACAGAGUGCAGCAAAGUGCCGAGUGUCAAAUAAAAAAAAAAAAAACAAUAAAAGCUUGUAAAAGUGUGUGUUGAAAACGUUCUAAAGGAAAACAAUUCAAUUGGAUAUACAUAACUAUAUAUAGAUAUAUCUAUAUAUAUAUAUAUAGCAGCAGCCGAUCUGAAGCUGCAGUUAAACACAGAAUGCAACGCAAUCGACACUUAGCCCUGCCACUAGUCCUUCUGGCCAUCGGCCUGUGCGCCUGCGCACAUGCUGCCGCCACUGGAGCACCCUCUCCGACGGCCACCACGGAGAAGCCCAAAGGAUUCUCAUCGCGAUCUUUGGAUGUCAGCGCAGCCGGUGAUCUAGAUGAUGACUUCGAGACUCAGGCUCAAACGCAUUUGGCCUACCGACAACAGCAGCAGCAACAGUUGCAACAACAGCGUCCUCAGUAUGAGUACAGCGAGGAGGAUCAGGAGGAGGCGCCUCGCCAGGUGUAUCUUAAUCGGAAUGUGAAACAGCAGAGCAACUAUCUGAAGAAGAAGCCAACCAGCGAGGAGAGCGAGGAGGAGGAAGAGGAAGUGGAGGAGCCCGAUCGUCUAUCCACACUACUCAGCAAAUCCUCCUUCAGCUGCACGGAUCGCAACUCUGGUUACUAUGCGGAUGAAUCGCUGAGCUGUGAGGUGUUCCAUUAUUGCCAGGAGAGCCAGAAGCAUUCGUGGAUCUGCCCUGAGGGCUUCACCUUCCAUCAAAUCCAUUUGAUUUGCAUGCCACCCUCGCACGACAACAUCUGCAAGCAGUCCUCCAAGUAUCACAUAGUCAACGAUUAUCUCUACAAGCCUAUCAAUCUGCAGGAGCAUCAAAGCAAGCCCAAUGUGACGCUGCGCUACUCGGAACGCUACUUCCCGGAGAACUACUAUGAGCAUGAGCGUUACGAUGAUGAGGAAGAGGAGGAGUUGCCAGCGCCCAGACCACGCAUUCAUCAUCAGCCACAGCCACAGCAACAGCAGCAGCAACAGCAUCGUCAGGCGAUUGCCUAUCAGCCACAGGCACAACAGGCUCAGCUGCAGCAUCAGCAUCAACCACAGCAAGUGCAGCAGGUGCGUGUGCAAUACCAACAGCAGCCACAGGUCGUCACACAGAUACGACACCAGCAACCGCAGCCGACGACAAUUGCCUAUCGCAAGCCAUUGCCGACGACAACGAUUCAACCGCAAAUCCAGCCGCAGUUGCAAUUGCAUCAGCUGCAUCAUCAGACGCAGCAGAGACCGCAGACCCUUGCGCCCACUGUGACUCCAGCGCCAUAUCGCUUCUUCACAGCCGCGCCACCGCAGCUCCAGCAUUUGCAUCAGCAGCAGCAGCAGGUCUAUCGUACGCCCGAAGAGAUCAACAUAUCGUUGCAGCAGCGUCGGCCGCAGGUCUUCAUUGCCACCUCAACGCCACGUUACUAUGAGGAUGAGUAUCUGUAUGAGCGAAGGAAGUGAGCGUGCCACCAAGUUGUGACAUUGAUAUUGUAAACAGUCUUGUCGUUCCACGCCUUGUACAUGCAGCUCCGGGUUCGGAGUUAACUUAGCUUUAAGCUGUGCCCAUCUGUCACUACACUUGUAUAUGCUAUAACACUAUAUAGUCCCAAAAUUUAGCGCGAGUUUUGUGUACCUUAUUUGUAAUAUUUAAUGUCCUGCUAGAAGAAUCCGCCUUCUAACUCAUUUCGUUAAUAAAGAAGCAACAUUAAGUUUAAA